AUGGCAGCCAAACGAUUAUUUGAUGAUGAUGAAGAUCAGCCAAACCAGAAACGGAUGAAAACUAAACCUUCUUUCGCUUCUGUGGUUAGAGAGGCGGCUCUGGUGAACUUCUUGGAGAAUUUCGGUUCAACCUUGGAACCAAUGCUUCGAAGAGUGGUUAGUGAAGAAAUAGAAAAUGGAGUGAGAUUAAUCAGUAGCAUGAGAUCAAUAUCCAGGUCACCAUCAUUGAGAAUCCAAGCAGCAGAUCAUGAACAAACAAGCAGCCUUCAACUCGUAUUCAACGCAAGACUUUCACUUCCGAUAUUUACUGGCACAAAAAUUGUGGAUAUUGACAAGAACCCUCUUCAAAUCCUUCUCGUCGACGCGAAAGAUGGACACCCAAAAAUCCCGACGUCUCUUCCGUAUUGGAUCAAGGUGGAAAUAGUCGUUCUUGACGGGGAUUUCGACAGGCCUGAAUUCACAUGGAAUAAGGAAGAAUUCGACAAGAAAAUUGUGAAAGAAAGAACUGGGAAAAGGCAAUUGCUUACUGGGGAAUUGAAUAUUACAAUGAGGGAUGGGAUUGCUGUGGUUGGAGAAAUUGAAUUUACAGAUAAUUCGAGCUGGAUUCGUUGUAGGAAAUUCAGGCUUGGUGCAAGAGUUGUUGCACUAGGAAACAGUCAAAAUGUUAGAAUAUGUGAAGCCAUGACCGAGUCUUUUGUUGUUAAAGACCACCGUGGUGAAUUGUACAAGAAACACCAUCCCCCAGCCUUGGAAGACGAGGUGUGGCGUCUGGAGAAGAUAGGGAAAGAAGGAGCUUUUCAUCGCAAGCUAUCAUCGAAAGGCAUAAAUACUGUCCAAGAUUUCUUGAAAUUGUACUUCGUUGAGCCCUCCAAGCUUAGAGAGAUUCUGGGAAUGGGAAUGUCAGAAAAAAUGUGGGAUGUCGCAUUAAAGCAUGCCAAGACUUGUACACUGGGCUCUAAACUCUACAGAUAUUGUGGACCAAAUUACACCCUCAUCUUAAAUCCUGUGUGUCAAAUUGUGAACGCUGAAAUCGACGGUCGAGUUUACUUAGCUCGUGAUUUAAAAUCCAUGCACAUGACAAAUGUAGCGAGCUUGAUUAACGAUGCAUAUGUGAGAUGGAAUUCCUUGGAAGAAGUCCACGAGCCUGCUCUAUUAACUCAAGGUGAUACGAUGGUGGGUCACUAUCCAAAUGAGCAGCAAACAGUAACAAGGUCUUUUAUGGGUCACAGCCAAUCACUUAUAACCGACGGAACCUCCGGCGGCGACGGCGGGUCGUUUGAUUGGUUUGUAAACUCUGAGUUUUUAUCUCAGCACUCCGACUGA